AUGCAACUACAUUCAAAUCUAGUGGUUCUCAUCUUUAUCUUGGUUAAUUCGUGCCUUGCUGUCAAGGACUAUCUUUUCAAGUCCUGUGAACAGAAUGGAUUUUGUCAUAGAAAUAGGCACUAUGCUAAAGAAAUUGAGUCUGAUCCUAAUUUCAAAUCACCCUACAAUGUCAUUCCUGAGAGUAUUUCUAUAAGUGGCGGUACUUUAAAGGGAACGGUUGUAAAGGAGUCAGUCGAAACUGACAUUCGUGUGGAGUUUCCGUUUGAAAUCGGUGUCCUUGGUAAUAGCUUUCAUUUCAAAUUGGACGAAAAUAGAGAACACAACCAACAGCUUGUAAAUUACAGACGAUACAAUGAAACUUCAAAUUGGGCAUUCACCGAUGGCAUCCUUUCCAAUACUGAAGCUAAAUUCAGCAAACAUAAAGGGUCGGUCGACGUCUUGUACAAAACACACAAGGUUUCUAUUCAAUUCAACCCUGUGAAACUUUCCGUCUUCUACAAAACCAAAGAGGUGUUGGUAAUCAAUGAUAAACAGUUCCUAAACAUUGAGCAUCAAAGAUCGAAAGAAAACAAUGAGGAUAAUCUUCUUCCACAAGAGUCAGAUUUCAACAUGUUUUUAGACAACUUUGCCGAUUCGAAAAAUGACAGGCUUCCAUUAGGGCCGGAGUCAAUAGGUUUGGACUUUUCCUUGAAACAGUUCAGUAACUUGUACGGUAUCCCUGAACAUGCAGACUCAAUGUCAUUAAAAGACACCAAGGGAAAAGAGCCAUACAGGCUUUUCAAUGUUGACAUUUUUGAAUACGAGACUGAUUCAAGAUUGCCCAUGUACGGAUCUAUUCCAUUUUUGAUGGCAGUGAGGCCGGAUGUAGCUUUAGGAAUAUUUUGGGUGAACAGUGCUGACACAUACAUCGACAUCACUAAAGAUAAAGACUCGUCUGUUCACUGGAUUUCCGAGAAUGGUGUGUUGGAGUUCAUCAUCAUUGUUGAAGAAUCGCCAAAACAGGUUAAUGAAGAGUAUGGAAAACUUACUGGUAACACGCAGUUGCCUAUAUUGUCAAGUUUGGGUUACCAUCAAUGCAGGUGGAACUACAACGAUAUAAAGGAUGUGCUAGAAGUCAGUUCUAAAUUCGACGAAUUUGAGAUUCCAUAUGACGCGAUAUGGUUGGAUAUUGAGUAUGCGGAUAAGAAAAAGUAUUUCACAUGGGAUCCAGAAAACUUUGCCGAUCCUGGACACAUGCUCAAGGAGUUGAACCGUACCGGAAGAAAUCUUGCCAUGAUUAUUGAUCCUCAUCUCAAAACAGGAUAUGAAGUAAGCGAGCAAGUAAUUUCAAAAGGUCUUGCAAUGAGAAAUAACGAUAAUCAAGUGUACUACGGACAUUGCUGGCCCGGGGAGUCAGUAUGGAUAGAUACACUUGAUCCCAAAAGUCAAGCAUUUUGGAAUGAUUUACACAAGACAUUCAUGAUAUCUGAUGAAUACAAGAACUUGUUUCUCUGGAAUGACAUGAAUGAACCAUCCGUAUUCAAUGGGCCUGAAACAAGUGCCCCAAAGGACAAUAUUCACUACGGAAACUGGGAACACAGGUCAAUACAUAAUGUUUUUGGCUUGACGUAUCAUGAAACGACUUUUAAUUCAUUGGUUGAUAGGCUUCACACUCAGAGACCAUUUAUACUAACGCGUUCUUACUUUGCUGGAAGUCAACGAACAGCAGCAAUGUGGACCGGUGAUAACAUGUCGAAAUGGGAGUACUUGAAGAUUUCCAUUCCUAUGGUGCUCACUUCAAAUAUUGUUGGUAUGCCUUUUGCUGGUGCUGAUGUUGGUGGAUUUUUUGGCAACCCCCUGAAGGAACUACUCACUAGGUGGUACCAAGCAGGAAUUUGGUACCCAUUUUUCCGCGCACACGCUCAUAUUGACUCAAGAAGAAGAGAACCUUAUUUAAUUGGCGAUCCAUAUACGUCUUACAUCAGAGAUGCAAUUAGAUUGAGGUAUAAGUUGCUACCAGUCUUUUACACAAGCUUUUACGAGGCAUCAUUGACAGGGACACCAGUUUUGAAACCGGUAUUUUACGACUAUCAAAGUCUGGGAGAUAGCCAAAUUUACGAUGUCGAAGAUGAGUUCUUUUUGGGCAAUUCGGGAAUAUUGGCCAAACCAAUUACCGAUGAAGGGGCUACUGGCGUUUCUUUUAAAACGCCAAAUUUAGAGAAGGAAAACUUUUACCACUUUACAAACGGUGUCAUUAGUGAUAAAAUUUACCAAGAUGGAUUCAAAGCUGAAUUGAGCGAUAUACCUAUGUUGCUAAAAGGUGGGUCUGUUGUGCCAAUGAAAGCAAGGUAUCGAAGAUCUACCAGAUUGAUGAAGCAUGAUCCAUACACAUUGGUUGUUGCUUUGAACAAGAAUGGUGGAGCAUCUGGUGAGUUGUAUGUUGAUGAUGGGGAAUCGUUAAGUUCAGAGUUUAAGGUUCUAUUCUUCUCCAUUGAUAAACAUGGUGUGCGUGUUGAUUCUACUGGAGAUUGUGAUUCUCCACUUGAAUUUGAAAAGAUAAUAAUUGUUGGCGCAAAUUUCGACAUAGAAAGUGUGAGCUCCGGAAAAUUGGCUAAAGAUUCAAACAAGGUUAUCAUCAAUAAUCCAAAAGAGUUUCCUAUCAAGUUUGAACUAGGACCGCUGAGACAUGAUGAAUUGUGA